AUGGAAACACACAAGCCCGACUUUCCUCUAACGUCCUCACACCCAACUCUGAAUGGGCAGAAGAAAGCAAAACCAGCAAGGGUCUCUUUUUCAGCGUACAACAGCAAAUACCUCACAGUUCCUCAAAACCGGGCUUCCUUGCACAGCAGCAAGAUCAAUGGAGCUUUUGAAACAUCAAGCUGUAUAGAGUCCUUCAGCAGUUCUAUUAUAAACAAUUACCUGGAUGGGACACAGGGAGGGGCCACGGACAAGGCAUCCCCGAGUGGCAUGCAUUUCAGGGACAGCAAGAGAAAGGUUGACUACGUGUUAGCCUACCACUACCGAAAACGCCUUGCUCAGCACCCACCUGGUGCGGGCUCACCAGAGCAAACACGGCCACUGGGAGUGGAGGUGAUUGAGCUUGGCCCGCUGGAUGCUGUGGAGGAGGAGAAGCGGCUGCAGCGGGAAGAGUAUGAACGCAACCUGGUGGAAGCAGGGCUGGAGAUAGAGAAAGACCCUGAGAAUAAGAGCCAAGGAUUGAGUUUUGUCCGUAUACAUGCACCCUGGCAAGUACUUACUCGAGAAGCGGAACUCCUUAAAAUAAAAAUGCCCACUAAAAAGAUGUAUGAAAUCACAGAAGAAGGUGGAAUACUCAAAAAGUUUAAUGAAAUAUGGUGCAAAUUGACUGAACCUCUGCAACCCCAGGUCCCACAAGAAGGAAAUACCAACAUGAAAAACCUGUUUUACCCAUUUUCCAGAGAGAAAUUAUAUUUGUAUAACAUUAAAGACAAAGACACUUUUUUCGACAAUGCUACCCGCAGCCGAAUAGUACGUGAAAUUUUGAAGCGCACAUCCUCAAAGUCAAGAAACAGCAUGGGUAUUGGCACAUUAAUAGCAAACAAUGUUUAUGAUGCGGCAUACCCACUUCAUGAUGGUGAAUAUGAAGGCCAAAAUGAUUGCAUGAAUGAAAGAAAGUUACUGUAUCGAGAAUGGGCAAGAUAUGGAGUAUUUUACAAGUUUCAGCCUAUUGACCUCAUAAGAAAGUAUUUUGGAGAAAAGAUAGGACUUUAUUUUGCAUGGCUGGGCUUAUAUACAGAAUUCCUCAUUCCAUCUUCAGUAGUCGGGAUUAUUGUAUUUCUUUAUGGAUGCAUAACCAUUGAGAGUGACAUUCCUAGCAAAGAAAUGUGUGACCAGCGCAAUGCCUUCACCAUGUGCCCCCUGUGCGAAAAGUUCUGUGAUUAUUGGAACCUCAGCUCUGCUUGUGCUACUGCUCGAGCUAGCCAUUUGUUUGACAACCCGGCCACAGUCUUCUUCUCCAUCUUUAUGGCUCUCUGGGCUACUAUGUUCCUUGAACAAUGGAAACGUUUGCAGAUGAGAUUGAGUUACUUCUGGGACCUAACUGGACUAGAGGAAGAAGAAGAGCAUCCCAGACCAGAGUAUGAAACCAAACUACUACAGAAAAAGCUGAAAAAUAAAAACAUUGCAACAGAAAAUUCAAAUGAAAAUGAAAAGGAGAAGCUGACAUGGAAUGAUCGUAUGCCUGGAUAUGCAGCAAACUUUGGAUUGAUUUUAUUUAUGAUUAUGCUGACGUUUUCAGCAGUGUUUGGUGUGAUUGUAUACCGAAUUACUACAGCAGCAGCGUUGUCAUUCAGCACAAAUGAGACAACCAGGUCAAACGUUCGAGUGACUGUGACUGCAACUGCUGUCAUCAUCAACCUCGUUGUGAUACUGAUACUUGAUGAAAUUUAUGGAGUUGUUGCCAAAUGGCUGACAGAAAUCGAGGUACCCAAAACAGAGAAAAACUUUGAGGAGAGACUGAUUUUGAAGGCAUUCCUACUGAAGUUUGUGAAUUCUUAUGCACCAAUUUUUUAUGUUGCCUUUUUUAAAGGAAGAUUUGUUGGCCGUCCUGGUCGUUAUGUAUAUGUGUUUGACAGUUAUCGAAUGGAAGAGUGUGCACCAGGAGGAUGUUUGAUGGAACUUUGUAUUCAGCUGAGCAUCAUUAUGCUUGGAAAACAACUGAUUCAAAACAAUCUGUUUGAAAUUGGAAUCCCGAAGCUAAAGAAACUCUUCAGGAAGCUGAAGGAUGAAAGAACUGAGCUAAAGGAGACAGACACCAACCAAUCAAAGAACCCUCAACAGUGGGAUCUGGACUACACUUUGGAACCUUUCACUGGGCUAACUCCAGAAUACAUGGAAAUGAUUAUCCAGUUUGGCUUUGUCACACUCUUUGUUGCCUCCUUUCCUCUGGCACCUCUCUUUGCUCUCCUGAACAACAUCAUAGAGGUCCGGCUUGAUGCAAAGAAAUUUGUCACUGAACUGAGGAGGCCAGACACAGUAAGAGAAAAAGAUAUAGGAAUUUGGUAUAACAUUUUGAGUUGUAUUGGAAAGCUUUCAGUUAUCAUUAAUGCUUUUGUAAUUGCUGUCACAUCUGAUUUCAUUCCACGCCUUAUGUAUCAAUAUGCAUAUAGUCAAAAUGGAACCAUGCAUGGCUUCAUCAAUCACACGCUGUCAUACUUCAAUGUCAGUCAUCUCAAGGCAGGAACACAGCCAGAAAACUCCCCAUUUGCACAGGAUGUUUUAUUCUGCAGGUUCAAAGACUACAGAGAACCACCUUGGUCCCCAAAUCAGUAUGAGUUUUCUAAACAGUACUGGACAGUCUUAUCAGCUCGCUUGGCUUUUGUUAUCCUAUUUCAGAACUUGGUGAUGUUCCUCAGUGUUCUGGUUGACUGGAUGAUUCCUGACAUCCCCAAGGACAUCAGUGAACAGAUCAAAAAGGAGAAAAGUAUGCUUGUUGACUUCUUUCUGAAUGAAGAACAUGAAAAACUGAAGCUGAUUGAAAGCUUUAUUGCACGUGACAAGGAAAAAAACAAAAGUGGGACCAAAGGUGGAAAGAUCCGGGCUGCCAGCUUCAGCCAGUUUAACCGAAGUCCAAAAGGCAGCUUUGCCUCCUUUAGCUCACAGCACACAGAGGUGUGACUCCUUAGGGAAGGGUAACAUACUAUGCUUACCUCUGUAAUACCUGCUUACUGUGUGACGUGGUUCUAUACCUGGAGCAAGGGAGGGAGAGGCAGUCAGAGAGCAAAAAGGAGGCUUCUUUUGCUUCCUUAGAAACUCCAUAUUCAAAGUUCUUGUCACAUUUUACACACUAUCUGUGCUGCAACAUUUUCAGACUUUAUCAGUGCAACAUAAGGGCUAUACUGUGACUGUAGCUGGUCCUUGUGGUGAUGUAUGUGAGUUGGGUAGGCAUGCAGGAGUUCUCCUCACUCAUGCAGUCUUCACAGUAGGACCACAACCAUCGCUUUUCCUGCAGACACCCCAUGAGCCACAGGGAAUAGAAGGGACACUCAUGCUCUAGUAUCUAUCUUUCAGCAGAUCUGACCAAUCAUGGCGAAAUGCACACAACACGUUCUCAUGGCUUAUAGCUGCCAGCAGAUGGUUUGCAUACAUGUGAAGUUUCAAGUCUUUGUGCCUUCCUAACAUAUACUGCCACAUGGUGCUGUCUCUGUAGGGCAUGCAGGGCUGGUGUUAAGGGCACAGAGCUGUGGGAACAGAAGCAAUGAAAAUCACUAAGCACUUUCAGCUACAGAUAUAUUGUGUUUUGCUUAGCAGGAUCUUGAGUGCAUGUGCUAAUGAGCAGAGAGGCCACAACAUAUGCGUCAGAAUGAAGUAAAGCUACUAGAACCAAGGAAGCUCACUGUUAUUCAUUGCCCUGAAAAAAAAAAACCCACCCAAAACCCUGCAUGUUUGAUUCUCCUCUCACUUAGACUGGGAAUUCAGCCAGUAUCAAGAGGAAUCACGCCACUAAACCAACACCACUGUGAAGCUGACAAGUGAGAAUGGAAUCAAGACCUGUAAAUCAUGUGGCAUUUUCACGUA